AUGACCGGGAUUCUGUUUUUCAGCUUGGCAGCCCUGCUCUGCUAUACACAGACUGAAGCUCUCAAAUGCGUUGUCUGUAAAAUGCUCUCUGGAUGUGUUAGAAAAGGAGGACUGACCUGUGAAGCUUUACCUGGGCAGCAGUGCAAAGCUACCCAUGUCUUCAAAGUAAGGAUACGACAAUUCACCCUGCAAGGCUGUACUUUGCCAGAGGACAGUCACAGAUGCAAUACUGUAAAAGAAGAUAAAAUGUGGGGCGCUGUAAAUACAACGUGCUGUAAUAACAAAGACCUUUGCAAUAGCAUUUAUGAAGAUUGACGGCCUCUGUCCUGUUCAAAUCCAUGCCAUCUGCACCAUCAGCAUCACUAUCAAGCCGACAGCAGUCCUUUACUACAUUCUUGGAGACCAUCUAUAAGGCCUUUGUUUGAAAAAAUGUCCAUGGAAGAUUAUAAUUAUGUAUAUUUUUUG